UGAUAAAAGUACUCGCGCACAAAUUCAACAACCGAGAGGUGUACAGGUAGCUGCGAGCGAGCGCCUGGCAUACUCUUACUCUGCUUGUACAGUGGAAUCCUGCUCGCGCGCAGCGGGCUUCUGCUCGCGGAGUGCUGUUUUGCUCGCGCAGUGGAUUUCUGCUCGCUCAGCUGAUUUCUGCUCCCUCGAGUGUACAUGACUUUUGACAAUUUGGGGGCGGAAACCAAGGAGGGCACUGACCCUCUUAUGAUUGGUCACUUUCACACAGGGACAUCCUUGAUUGACAGCUCUCAUUACAGGAAGCACGGAGUCAAAGUAUCUGACGGAGUUCAGUCAUUCAGUUAACACUGCACAGUGGACGGAAUGGAGGCGACACCUGAAGAUGUAGGCGACAUAGUCAGACGUGAGAUUACUUCCAGGCUGAUCAUUAAAUUAGAGUCAGCGCUUUCAAGAAUGCCUCUUGACUUGGACUUCUUACAAUUUGCAUGUCGGCAGGAGCUGUACCUCUGGGAAGCACUGUCAAGGCAUGUAAAUGUCCCCCCAGAUAUUGUACAGGCCUUAAGAGAUUUCCUCCAUCUGGUCAUGGACCACAUUGAAAAUGCUGAAGUUACCAGCAGUACUGUUGAAACUGUAGCUGGAGAGAUGGGGCGUCCCAGGUACAAUUUAGAGAAGGAGAGACUUGUUGAGCUUUUGGAGAUAAAUCUGUCUGGGGACUGCAUCGCAAAGUUACUGUGCGUUUCAGCCAGUACAGUCAACAGACGGAUGAGGGAGUUUGGUCUCUCUUCCAGACAGAACUACAGCAAUGCUACUGACCAGGAGCUUGAUAAUGCAGUCCAACGCAUCAAAAAUGAAAUGCCCACAGCAGGCUAUAGGAUGGUCAAAGGGAGGCUAAAGUCCAUGGGAAUCCACGUCCAGUGGAGGAGAGUUACUGCAUCAAUGCAUCGAGUGGACUCGCUUGGGAUUCUUUCUAGACUGACUGGACUGGGCUGCAUUGUGCGAAGAACUUACUCCUGUCGCGGGGCCCUUUCACUGUGGCAUGUCGACACUAACCACAAACUUAUCAGGUCAGUACAACAUUGUACUUUUGGUGCAGUGGACGGCUACUCCAGGAAGGUGAUGUGCUUGAAUGCUGCAACAAACAAUUGUGCAUCAACUGCAUUCACUGCCUUCAAAAAAGCUACUGAGAGGCAUGGAAUACCCUCAAGGGUGAGAGGUGAUCAGGGAGUGGAGAAUGUCGAAAUAGCCCGAUAUAUGUUCACUGUCCGUGGAACUGAUCGAGGAAGCUUCAUGUCAGGAAAAAGCGUCCAUAAUCAAAGGAUUGAACGUUUGUGGCGGGAUGUCAGAACAUGUGUGAUAUCAAAAUAUUACAACGCACUCCACAGCCUAGAGAUGGAUCACCUUCUUGAUGUGUCCUCCAGAGAAGAUCUUUUGACAGUCCACCUGACAUUCCUUCCUAAACUGAAGGCAGACCUGGAGGCUUUUGUGGAAGGAUGGAACAACCACCCACUGAGAACAGAAGGGAAUAAAACUCCUGAGCAGAUUUGGCACUCAGGAAUGAUGCUUCAACCGACUGACCAGCCAGAGAAUCUUGAGGAUAUUGAAGAGCCGGACAUUGACUGGGAUGUUGCAGCUGACUAUGGAGAAGAUGUGGAUGGUGUGAUAGUAGUCCCUGAAUUUGAGUGUCCACUGAAUGAACAGCAGCUAGUAGAGCUUCAGCUGCUGAUUGAAGAAAAUAGAGACACUGACACUAGAGACCUUUACCUCCUAUGUCAUGAAUAUGUGCUUCAGGCUUUGUCAGGUGUUUAAUGUUUGUUUUUGUGAUCAGAAAGUGAU